AUGUCACAACGCGACUCGAGCGAACAGACUCAAUUGACGAUCAAUGGUAUAUCCGCGACCCCUGAACAAAAAUUCGACAGCCUGAAAGGCAAGCUCAAGAAUGAGUCAAGCGCCAACACUACGUAUAUUUUAUCGGAUGACGAAAGUGACCUGACUGCCUUGGAGGACAUGAGUACUCCAAGCUCUGGAUCUGAAAUAGGCGAAACUGAGUCCGUACCAGUAUCCGUACCCGUACCCGAAAUCGAAGAUAUUGCAGUCUUCCAAGAUCCUGAGAGUGACCCUGAGAGCGACAACGAGAGCGAUAAACCUCCGAUCUCCGAGGAUGAAAGACCAACAUUGCAAGAAAAGCUGAAAUCAGGACCACGCACAACCUACUCACAGAAUCGCAACUUAUCUGUGCGGAAUGGAAGGAUAAAGACGUCUAGCACGUUUGGCAAUGAUGAUGAGGGGGAACUGUUUCCAGGCUCCCAACGCACCACCAAGCGGGUUAAGACGAACAAAACAUACGGCUCCCAAAAAACCAUCUACAGAGCCCCAAGCUCGAGCGCACUAUCAAGCAAGCUACAGGAAAAGGCCGAGGAAGAAUCCAGCGAAGACUCAGAAAAAAAGCCUUCUGGUCCAACCUUCAAAAUGCCCCCUGUCUUGCCUAUCGAGUCUGGCUCCAGCUUUUCGCUGAUGACCUCUUCCUCUAAGGAUACCCAACCUACCACCGUAUUUGAUGAAUCGUCCCAUUUAUCUGGCCGUACGUCUAUGAGUCCUUUGCCUGAGUUCAAACCCGAGAGGCCAGAAUCACCGCGAGAGGCAAUUUGUCCAUUGUGUAAGGCACCAGUCGACCUAGGUCUGCUGUUGAUCUUCGAGGCACAGCCUAAACAGCGGUUCCGUGAACAGGUAAAAUUCUGCGCUUCUCAUCGACAAGCCACCGCAGAAAAAGAAUGGAAGGCCCAGGGCUAUCCAGAAAUAGAUUGGGAUACGUUUACUGAGCGCGCCCAGACCCAUUUCAAGUACAUACAGGGGCUCGUGAACGCAGACACACCAUCCUACUACCGUAACAUUCUGGACAGCGCUUUCAAGUCCGGAAAGGCUCUUCGUCUCACCCUUGAAGGAGAUGGUGUGGAAAACAUCUCAUGUGGUUACUAUGGGACAAAGGGAACACAAAAAUUGUUGGAACUACUUAUGGAAAGGUUUUCAGUGACUUUGCGCCGACUGGCUAAAAAUGACCGUCUGAUUGCUGAAGCAACGAUCGUCGGUUACGCACAGUCCGUUUUGGUCCCAGAGCUUGGAGUGAGGCUUAUCAAAGAAGAUAUGGGGGUCGACGAUGAGACUGCACGCCAAAUCAUGCGGGAAAGCAUUGAUAUUGGUCAGAGGGUCAACCCCGCACAAAACGAUGUAGUACAUUACGAGCCGAAGGAUGAAGAGGAUGAACAGCUAGACCUAUAG